UCGGAUCGGUUGUUGGGUUGAAGUUUUUAGCUAGGUUUUUCAAGUUCCAGCCUCUUUGGAUUGUGCUUUGUAGAAUUGUAGCUAAGCUGCUUAAAGAUCAAGGAAAACUAGUAUGAAAGAAAGAAUGGUAAAUCCUCUGCAAUUGAAGUCCUUGAAUCAUAUUUCACUGGUAUGCAGGUCGCUCGAGAAAUCCCUCGAUUUCUACCAAAACGUUCUUGGCUUCUUUCCCAUUAGGAGGCCUGGCUCCCUAGACUUCAAUGGUGCAUGGUUAUACAACUAUGGGAUUGGCAUUCAUCUUCUUCAAGCUGAAGACCCUCAGACGCUGCCCAAGAUCAGCUACAUUAACCCCAAAGCUAACCACAUUUCUUUCCAGUGUGAGAGCAUGAGCAAAGUGGAGAACAAACUGAAGGAGAUGAAGAUCGAGUACGUGACGAGCAGCGUAGAGGAAGGAGGAAUCAACGUUGAUCAGCUCUUCUUCCAUGAUCCGGAUGGCACCAUGAUUGAGAUCUGUAAUUGUGACAACCUUCCUGUGAUACCCAUAGUUGGAGAUCAACCUCUGAGGUCUUGCACACGUGAGAAAUGCAUUGUGCAGCAGCAGCAGCAAGAAGCAAUAGCCCAGAUCAAACCCCAACAGAAAACCAUGACCUGCCUGCGUUCUAAUUCUAUACACAUGAAGGAUAGUCUUCCUUGCGCUUGAUUUAUGAAAAAAGUCCGUGUGAUCCAUAAUUCCACAUAUGUCAUUAGCAAGGAAAAUACUUGUG